AUGGCGCAGCCCGCGCGUGUCCCGGUAAUCUACCUCAGCGGCUUCAGCUGCAUCCCCAGCGACAAGGAAUACUUUGUAGCACAGCAAGCAACCGGGAGCCUGACACCGUAUUGGUUUGAAGAGCGAGUGGCAUACGAGAUUGCGGGCGCACAAGGAGAAAGGCAGAGUGCGAUAGCGAGGAGACUGAAGAGAGACGGAUCCAUUCGACGGGUUUCCAACUACAAUGAGAAGGCGAAGGCGAAGGCGAAGGGCAGGUUGUUGGAAGCGAAAGAGGGCGGAAAUGAUAAAGGGGUAGGGGGUAGCGAGGAGCAAGUCAAGGAGACAGAGAAAGAGAAGGCGAGGGAGAACAAGACAGCGCGAGAGAAAACAUCAUCUCUGCGCCUAUCUCUUCUGUCAAGAUCAAAAGCCGCUGUGAAGAAGAAGCAUGCGAGUCUUAUCUCGGCACCAAAUCUUCUGGGCAAAGGACACCAAGGAGACGAGGAAGAAAAAGAAGCAAGCAUACAGAUUAGCCAACAGCAAGAAAGCAAAGCCGCAGAGAGUAACGAAGAAGCGACAAUAAAGAAGAACGAGUUGACGAUAGAGGAGGAAGCGGGGAAAGAAGCGAAGCCAUCACCACCAGGACGAGCACGAAGACCAACCACGCCUCUUCUUCUUUUUCCUCCGCCGCCGCCGCCGCCGCGCAAGCGCCAACAACAUGUUCCACGCGGCACGGCACCCAUACCACUGCUGCAGGAUGCUCAACCACCAGCAGGAGCAGUGGUUUCGUCGCAACCUUUAGCCCAUGGCCAGCCUGGAAUGCAGUAUGCAGCGACUAAACCGAGUGUGAUACAAGAAGAUGCUUCGCGGGGUUUUGAAGAAGAGCAAGGGCAAGCAGAACAGGCUACACCGAGGCGUGGUUGGCGUACCUGUGCCAUCGCGAUGCGAUGUUGUGGUUGA